CCAUUUCGUGCGGAUAUAAUAGUGGUGUGUGUGCGGAUGGCUUGCGAUCUAGUUCUUUUUUUAUGGGUGUUAUGCGGGCAUGGGAAUUCUCUUGGGGAUUCGUCGUCGUCGUGGGGUUUGAAUUCGCUGAUGGGGGAAUCCAUUCAUGAGCAUCAUUUAUGACCACGAGGGCGUUGCUUUCUGCAAGUGCAUGAGAAAAGAAAGUGGGGGGCAUUUGGGGGUUUCUUUAUAUUGUACAGGUACUGAGUGGGUUAACGUGCCUCUGAUUAUAUGCUGCAGAGAGCCGAAUAGUAAGUGAUAAAGUCGUCGCGCCGGGAUAAAUCUCCGGUCUUGUCCGCAUAAAGAGACCGGGGGCACAAGGUUUAUUGCGAAGGAACGAUGACUGUCGAGAGAGUUCAGGCCGUGGCGCAGAAGUAUGUGUUGGUCGGCGUUCGGCUCGAUGGCCGGAGCAGAGAGCUACUGAGUUGGGCUAUCGUGAAAGUAGCCGAACCAGGAGAUAGAGUACUGGCCAUCCAUGUUUGUCGAGAUGAUGCUUCAAGAGAUGCGUCCAUAUUGGAUAACUAUCUGGAGGUUUAUGAAGGCUUGUGCAAUGCAAAGAAGGUGACUCUUACAGGUCAGGCGCUUAAAGGGAGCUCGUUUAGGAAGGUCCUUGUGAGAGAGGCCAAGAAUUAUGCUGCUGUGGCCCUACUCGUUGGGAUAGACAAGCAAGGUGCUCUCGGGGUACAUACUGCAACGGCCAAAUAUUGUGCCAAGCGUCUGCCGUCUUCUACUGAUGUGCUGGCCAUCCAUAACGGGAAAAUAGUCUUUCGGAGGUGCACCAAUAUUCAGCUUCCAGGAUUCAGAGGAGAUCCUAGACCCAGUCUGUGUCAAGCAGGAAAGGCCAGCACUCAAGAAACCUCCUCUGAAUUUGGUGAAUCUGAAGCUGAGUCUGAAAUUUCAUCCUUGGAAAUGAUCCAGAGCUUGAAAGAGGAAUCGCGUGCUAACUAUAACGAUGUGAAAAACAGCAUCGCACGCGAAAAUAGGAUCAUUCUCUCAAUAUCAGCUUCUGAACUUGCCGGAAGCAAUUUGGAGCAGAGACCCGGUUGGCCCUUGCUAAGGAGAGCUACUUUUGAUCCUCCAGGGACUCAGAACGGAAGGAGUGUUUCUGUUGUUCAGUGGGUCAUGAGCCUGCCAGAUAGGUCUCUCUACCUGAAUUCUCUACACCCAGAUGCCAGAGAGAGCCCACCACCGAAAUAUCAUACCGAGACUGUGGAUGGAAGCCAUAAAAGUACUUCAUCAGAGGCAAGGAAGCUACUGAAACAGAUAGAGCUUUUGUUGAGAACAAAAUCGUCCGAUUGUGAAUUGUUUGAUUAUGAAGCCCUUAGAGACUCGACUUUGCAUUUUUCAUCAGAGCAUCUGAUUGGAAAAGGCGGCUCGAACUUUGUUUAUAAGGGCAUUCUUCCAGAUGGCACAACGGUGGCAGUAAAGGUCUUGAAGUCGUCAACCGAAGCAAAUUUAAAAGAUUUUUUGCUGGAGAUGGACAUUAUCUCCUCGAUGAAGCAUAAAAACAUCAUACCCCUACACGGAAUCAGUGUCCAAUCUAAAAGUUUAAUAUCCGUUUAUAAUUUCCUUUCCCGGGGAAGCCUGGAGGAAAACCUACACGGUGACAGAAGAAACAAACAAUCACUCUCGUGGGCUGUAAGGUAUAAUAUCGCCUCCGGAGUUGCAGAAGCCCUAAAUUAUUUGCACAACGAAUGUGCCCGACCCGUUAUUCAUAGAGAUGUCAAGACAUCGAACAUUCUUCUCACAAAUGAGUUUGAGCCGCAGUUGUCUGAUUUUGGGCUCGCAAUAUGGGGACCACCAGCUUCAGCUUUUCUGACCAAAGUCGAUGUAGUUGGAACAUUUGGGUAUCUUGCUCCGGAGUACUUCAUGUAUGGCAAAUUGAGUGAUAAGGUUGAUGUCUAUGCCUUUGGUGUGGUGUUACUCGAACUCUUAUCAGGAAGAAAACCAAUUAGUUCCGACGCUGCCAAGGGACAAGAAAGUUUGGUCAUGUGGGCGAAGCCCAUCAUAGAGAGCGGGGAUGCAAGCAGCAUUCUGGACCCAGAUCUUGGUGGACGUGUCGACGAGGUUCAAAUGCAAAGAAUGGUUCUUGCAGCUAGACUUUGCCACCGGUCAGCUAGGCUUCGCCCUAACAUGAACCAGAUUCUGAAGAUCAUUAAUGGGGACAUCAAUGUUGAUGAGUGGCUCGACUAUAAAUGCGAUCAUUGGGUGGAUUCAGAAAUUUCGGACGACAACGAUGAUGAAGUUUAUCCGAAUUCGAGCGCGGAGUCACACCUGAGUCUCGCCUUGCUGGAUGUCUACGAUGAUUCUACGUCGAUCAGCAGCACGGAACAGCGCAGCAGCAUUUCAGUGGAAGAAUACAUGAAGGGAAGAUGGAGCCGAUCGUCAAGCUUCGAUUGACUUACGAUGUACAUUAUUAUUAGAGGAAGAAUAAAAAUUCCCUGUUGUAAGUAAACUCAUAGAUGUUCACUACAAGUGAAAAUCGAUUCUGGCAAUGUUCAUGUCCUAAAUGGAUCCGACACAAGUUACUUCUCCAAAGUCCCAACUGAAUAAUGCUCAGACUAAUGCUUCCAGUUAGGGAGGCCCAGCAGCUUAAAAUGACGGGCAAAUCCAUUUAGUGGAUCAAGACCAAAUGCGCAUGAGAUCAUUUUCUGAAAUCACAUUGAUGGGGUCAACCUGCAUAUUUCUAAUAACAAACAGUGCUGGCCCGGAGAAGAAUGCGCAAUUUCUUGAACGUUUCAGUUCCGUACAUGGUCACCCAGAAGGAUUCAAAGAAGAAAAAAAGAACAGGGCAAAGAAGAGGAAACUGCUGUCUGAGAAGGAUCCGAAGAAAAGUCCCUUAACCUUUAGGAAACUAAUUGAUUUGUGUCCGCUUAUGUUCGACGGAGAAUGGAAACGACAGUCGUUUUGGCA